AGAGGGGCGUGGCCUGGUGAAGUCGGUCUUUUCGGAGGGAGACCAUUCACCCUACGAGACUCACUAUGUUUUCAGCACUGCAACGCGUCCCAAGGAUGCAUUUGUUUCUUUAUUUUUCGUUACUGUUCGCGGGUGUGCUUUGCGAUACCGACGCAGAAGAAGAGGAGCAUGCUAAGCACACGUACACGGUGGAGAUGUUUAACGAGGCGGUGCCCACUGCACCCCACUUUGUCAUGUUUUACGCUCCCUGGUGCGGCCAUUGCCAGAGGUUACAGCCGACAUGGAAUGAACUGGCUGAGAAAUACAACAGUAUGGACGAGCCACCGGUGUAUGUGGUAAAAGUAGAUUGUGUUCAGGACACCAAGUUCUGCUCCAACGUCCACGGCGUGAGAGGCUAUCCCACGCUUUUGUUGUUUAAGCCAGAUCAGGAAGCAGUGAAAUACCAGGGUCCCAGAGACCUGCAGUCGUUGGAAACAUGGAUGCUCAAGACGCUCCAGGCGGAACCUUCAGAACCAGAAAGUGAACUGGAGCCACCGAAAGCCCCGGAGCCCAAACAGGGCAUGUAUGAGCUCACUGCUCUCAACUUUAAGGAGCACAUAUCCAAAGGGGCUCAUUUUGUGAAGUUCUUUGCACCCUGGUGUGGCCACUGCAAAGCCAUGGCCCCAACAUGGGAACAGCUGGCCACCACCCUGGAGCACUCUGAAGAUGUAAAGAUCGGAAAGGUGGACUGUACUCAGCACUACGAGGUGUGCUCUGAUAACGGGGUGCGGGGAUAUCCCACUCUGCUCUUCUUCUAUAACGGCCAAAAGAAAGAACAGUACAAAGGAAAGAGAGACCUAGACUCUUUCAAGGACUUUGUGGACAACCAGCUGAAAGCUCUUCAAACUGAGGAGCACGAGCACGAACUGAAGGAGGAACAGCAGGCGGCAAACGAGAUCCCAACCGAGGAGCCGGCCAAGGAGGAAGCAGAGUCCAACGUGUUGGUCCUCACUGAGAGCGACUUCGAUGAGGCUGUAGCAAAGGGCUUCACCUUUGUCAAGUUCUACGCUCCGUGGUGUGGUCACUGCAAGAACCUUGCUCCAACAUGGGAUGAUCUCUCCAAGAAGGAGUUCCCUGGCCUCACCGACGUCAAAAUUGCCAAAGUGGACUGCACAGUGGAACGCACACUUUGCAACAAAUAUUCUGUGCGAGGUUACCCCACAUUGAUCAUCUUCAGAGCUGGAGAGCAGGGUGAUGAACAUCACGGUGGGCGGGAUCUGGAGAGCCUGCACAACUUUGUGAUGAAGCAGACGAGAGAUGAGCUGUAGAAGUGAACUAGUCGGCACUCACUCCCUUCCGCUCCGCGUGCCCACACAGGGUCUCUGACCUCACCUCAUAUCUGGACGGGGUCAGCCGUGGUCACUUCUGUCCUUGUUUAAGUACAGAGUGACUGAGUGGAGUGUUUGGAAUGUGAAUGUAUUUCUUGUCGCUCAACCUAAAUCUGAAUCAGGACGGUCAAUGGUUGAGUCUGUAAACAAAGUGUCCGAGCACUUCUGCAUUGAUUAAAACCAAAACCUUGAAAAUGUGUAACGAUGUUUAGGAAAAAGGCUGCUACGCAGGUUUUUGCCUUCUGAUAAAAUCUUUGCUGUUUGAGCCUUCUUUACCAUUUGACUUUUUUCAACGCAGAAUUUUGUACACCAGAUCUGUUUUUUUUUUGUACAUUGAAAGCACUUCAUGUUGUCACUGCAGAGGCUGUGUCUGUGAUUCUUUUCAUGCCACUUGUCAUCUAUGUACACAACUCUCAGGGAAACAUCUCGCAGACAUUUGAUGGAAGCUUUUUAUGUUUUUUUUUGUAUUUGUCUUUUUUUUUCCUGGAGUCAGAAAAGUCAAUAGAUUUAAAAAUGAAUCAAACCAGUGAAAAAAAAUACAUUUUUUUCUGAUUCCUGUGGUCUUUAUAGUCAUCUUUAAAAUUGUCAGCUCUGAACCUUUAUUUGGUGCCAGACUCACUCAGCAUUACUAUUUGUGUGUUUUCCUUUCAGAUAAAUGUAAUUUGCUCUCUGACCUUAUCUCUUAUAUGAGCUGCAAAUGUCUUGAUUUAAAAAUUCUAAUCUCUUAUCAAAUGUAAUGUUCGCUGGCAGCUGGAAUUAAGUAAUACAUUUGGGGAACAAAGUAGAUCACGGUCAGGUGGACUAUCUGUACUAUCUGUGAUUGCCUUUUUUGGAAAAACGUCAUACCUUCAAGGUCCUCGUGGGAUUUUCCAUCGGAUAGCUGGAGAAGACUAAAACAGACUUGCUCUGCAGUAAAAUUCUGCAUAAAAUCAUUUUCUUAUUAAAACAUUUCACCCCUAAAAUGCAUUACACUUUUGGAGAUUUGAGACAAAAACAAAGCAGUGAAUUGGGAUGAACCAUUAUCAGAACCCUCUCGUUAAAUCUUCCAAAUGUCCUUUGACCCAUCUGAAAUGAAACGUGAUGAAGGACGUGCUUUAUUGUCCAGACAAGGUACAUAAACAGGCAGUGACAUGGCACUUUUUGGCUUUUUUUGUUUUCUUUUCCAAUAAACAUUUUAAUGAAUAGCACAUGACCUUUGGAACUUCAGUGAUGGAAGUAUUUUCUGAUAUAUCUAUAUAUUUUCCUUUUCAUGGGUUGUGCAAAACCCACAGAUGUUGCACAGAAAGUGAAUAGUGGCAAGUUGCGACAUGAACUUUGAUAAUAAAGUUGUUUUUUUU